AUGGACGACGAAACCCCGCCCAUCCUCACAGCCGUGUCCAGCUCUGCCCGCCAGUUGUACCAACUCCUCCGCUGCAUCGCCUUCUCCUCCAAAGCACACGUCCAGAUCAGCGCGGAGGGGCUCAAGUUUUCCGUCGACGAGGCGAGCGUCAUGGAAGCCUCCGCCUUUCUCGACAAAUCCCUCUUCACCACCUACACCUUUCACGCCACCUCACCCCCGCGCAACUCGCAGCAUUCAGACGACUCGGAAGACGAAGAACCUGACACAAGCACCACCCCGACCUUCCAAAUAUCGCUACCCGCACUCCUCGAAACGCUCCAAAUAUUCGGUCUCACAGAUCCCAGCACCACCAAGCCGCCAUGGGCGCGCGACAACCCAUACCCCACCAGCACAGCCUUCAGCAACAACGUGCUCGGCAUGAACAAUCUCUGUCGCAUAACCUACGCCACGCUCGGCGCUCCGCUCUCAGUCAUCCUCACCGAAGCGAGCAUACGCACGAUAUGUGACCUAACCACCUACGAGCCCGAGUACACCGACGACAUACCCUUCGAUCGCCAGAGCCUCGCCUUCAAAACAAUCAUGCGCGGGAACUGGCUGCACGACGCCAUCUCCGAGCUCUCCUCCACGAGCCCCGAAAAGCUAACCAUGUACGCCAAGCUCAUACGCGGCAAGUCCUUCUUCGCCCUGACUUCAUCCGGCACCCUUGGCUCAGCGCGCGUAGAGUUCAACAACGAGCCCCAACCCUCUGCAUACCGCACCCCCGCGCCCACAAACACAAACACAAACACAAACACAAACAACGACGCAGCAGCAGACCAAACCCCCGCUAACCUGCUCGAAACAUUCCAGCUCUCGGACCCGGACUCCGUCCUCAAAUCAAGCUACAAGUUCUCCCUCGUCCAGAAAGCUGCGCGCGCUAUGAGCGUCGCGACCAAAGUCAGCGUUCGCGUUGAUACCCAGGGCGUGCUGAGCAUGCAGUUUAUGAUUGAGAUUGAGGGUGGAGGCGGGCCGGGCGCUGGAGGAGCUGCGGGGAAGAUUUCCUUUGUCGACUUUCGGUUUGUGCCGCUUGUUGAGGACGAUGAGGAGGGUGAUGGGGGUGGGGAUGGACAGGCUGGGGAUGCGGAUGGGGAUGAGACGUUGUUGCAGCGGGGGGUGGGCGGGGAUGCGGGGGAUGUGGAUAUGUUUUGA